UUAUCGACGAAGACGAAGACCAUAGUAUGCAGAGCGAAAUUGAAAACAAAUACACUGACAGUUUAAUAUAUUUAACGAAUGAUAGCAGUAAUAAUAACGAUUUCUAUGUAAACGAAGUGAAGUAUCGUUCUUUGUCAGAUGUAGAUGAUGACUCGUUAUCGUGCAGAGUCAACAAUAAUUCGUUGAAAAUUGAAGUCAGCGAUAGUUUCGCAGCAGAUGGAAUUAAAGAAGAGUGUAUUGAUACAGUUCCGACGGUUUUAGUGCCUGUCAGGGACCCAGUGACAAGAGAAAUUAAGAGUAUAAGUGUACCAUUUGAAGUUAAAGACGAGACAGGUUUAAACAUUAUUAAAAGCAUUAUCAUACCUAUCAAGGAUGAUGACGGGUCAGUAUCUUAUUACGAUAUAAAAAACGUGGUAGUUCCAAUCCAUCCAGAGCUCGGCUUGCCACCAAAGACUAACGCGCUAUUAUCACCCAAAAAUAAAGCUAAAACAAUAAAGACAAAGAAAAGAGAUGGCAAGAAACUUAAACAGAAAAAAGCAAAGACUACAAUAGUAAAUAAGAGUAAAAAACAAAGAAGAGAAGAAGAAUCAGAGAAAAUACCAGCAACUGAUACACCGAAAGAGGAGGUGGAUGAUAUUCUACAAAAUUUACGCACCGUUUGUCCACGUUGCCAGAAGAGCUUCAAGAGCGAGAAACAGAUGCACAAACACAUAUUAAGGGACCACAGAAAACCGUUUCGUUGUCAGAGUUGUUACGAAAGUUACGAUUCGCAGAACGCUCUCGAUGCACACAUGAAGACACAUCAGAAAGACACUCACCUCGAGUGCCCUUUCUGCCAUUUGAAGUACAAACGCAUGUCCGGUUUGAGAACUCAUCAGAUACGGGUGCACAGCAGCGUGGAUCCAAAAACCAUACGCGACCGAAAUAAAGAGAAUUUCACGGCCAGUGCCGAUCUGGAGGAACGCAAACCCCAUCCUUUGUGGAUGAAGACGUUCCCUUGCCAGUAUUGCAAGAAAGUUUACCCUCAAAAGUCCUACUUGGUGGCUCAUAAACGCAUUGCCCACGGGAUACAGAAAAGGGAACCAAAGUCGUUUCAGUGCAACGUCUGCAACAAGACAUUUGUCACCGAGAGGAACCUCGUCAGCCAUGUGAAUUUGCACGCACAGAAAUUCCUGUGCGCUGAGUGCGGCAGGGAACUGGCCAGCAAAUAUAAUUUGUACCUGCACAUGCGAACGCACACCGGUGAACGGCCUUAUCAGUGCAAAAUGUGCCCCAAGUCUUUCGCCAAAUCGGUUGGGCUUAGAGUGCACGCGCUCACCCACACUGGGAGGAAACCGUACGUCUGCGAUAUUUGUGGACGCGGAUAUACCCAGCGUGGUAGCAUGAUGAUCCAUCGUCGCAAACACCCCGGGAAUCAUCCCCCAGUUCCACCCAUAUUGCUUGGGAAUGUUGUGUGCGACAGCGACUAGUGUU